GGUGUCAAAUCCACAAUUUGAAAAAAAAAAAGGAAAUAAUACAGUAGAGAAGAUUAAAUGAUUAACAUGGUGUUUUCAGUCUUUUUUGGGUUCUGGACUCUCCUGCUCCCCCUGCUGGUUGAAAGUACUCCUGGUUCUCAGGAACUGUUCCCAACAGAUUGCUCUGAUGUCUUCGUUAAUGGGCACACACUCAGUGGAGUGUACACAAUCUACCCUACAGGGGAAACACCUGUCCAGGUGUACUGUGACAUGGGAUGUUGGGAAAGUCUUACAGAAGAUGGGAAUUGGACGGUGUUUCAAAGGAGAAUGGACGGGAGUGUGAAUUUCUACAGACCAUGGGAGCACUACAAGAAAGGUUUUGGGAACAAGUACGGAGAAUACUGGCUGGGAUUAGAGAACCUCUACCAGCUCACACGUAAGAGAAAAUAUGAGCUGAAGGUGGACCUGCAGGACUUUGAUGGAGUGUCGGUUUACGCUCGGUAUUCUUCUUUUUCUGUCGAAUCAGAAGCCGAGGGCUACAAACUCCAUGUUAGUGGUUUCAUCAAUGGAGGUGCAGGUAAUUCUAUGGCUACAAACAAUGGACAGAAAUUCUCCACCUUUGAUAAAGAACAGGACACACAUACACAGCUGAACUGUGCUAAAUCCUACCUCGGGGCUUUUUGGUACAGUCAGUGCCAUAAUACUAACCCUAAUGGGAUAUACCUGUGGGGACGUGAUGACUCUCGUUAUGCCAUUGGAAAUGUGUGGCAACAUUGGAAAGGCUAUCAUUAUGGUCUUAAAUACAUUUCAAUGAAGAUCAGACCUGUACCUGUAGCACAAUGAUGUGUUUCUGUUAUUAACAUCACUGAUGUGGAUGUGAUGCGGAUAUAUUGAUAAAUAUUAGGACUCCCCUGUUUGCUGGUAAAUGCUUGAUAAUAUGAAAUUAUAUUUUAACCUUCCUCUUGUGUUAGGGUCAGCACCGACCCAUUUUACUUUUUAAAUGCAUAAAACUACUACCUAAUUUUGGUUAUUGCA